CGACGCCCUCUGCUUCCCGGCGCAGCACCUCCCGGCCGUGACGCGCUACACGCUGCCGCCCGUGGUGCAGCGCGCCGGCUGCAGCGAUUGCGACUACUUGGCGAUGCGGCGCAUGCUCGCCGCCCGCACGUCGUCGUACAACGAGUGCACCGCGAAGGACGCGGCGGAGUGGCUGCGCGGGCUCGAGCAGGCUGACGCCGUCAAGCACGCGUGGGGCGUCGUCGUCGUCGACGCCAUCAACCGCCCGCCCCACGCGGCGACGCGGCUCGCCAUCAUGGAGGGCACGUUCGACCACGACUCCUUUGCCGCGUUCCUGCGGGCGACGCCCGGCGUGGCCGUGCCCUAUUGUGGGGCGCAUGGGCCGCCGCGGUCCGCGGCGGACGAUGCGCCGAUGCCGGGCGCGCCACCGGGCGCGCCGAUGCCGGGCGCGCCGAUGACGGACGCGCCAAUCCCGGGCGAGCCGCCGGCCCCGGCGGCGGCGGAGGAUGCGCCGAUGCCGGGCGGCGGGCAGGACGCGCACCGUAACGGCUGCGCGUGCCCCGGGGGCUGCCCGGGCGUCCCCUCGUUCCUCCCGUUGAAUCCGUGCUGCGAGUGCGAGUAG